CUCGUGCUCAAUAAGGGUUCCCUUGUCGCCAUGGCCAGUGGAGGCCUGCCUGCCUAGCGUGCAUAGGUGCACUAAGGUGGUCCGCACUAGCUUGCAUUUAGAGUUUACCCCCUGUCCGAGCGCGCCUCCUGAGGGUGCGUCUCGGAGUGGAAAUUAUCGCUAAGGUAGGCUUCCAUGGGCCGGUCUUUCUCCCCCAUUCCUCAGCCAAGCCAAGCCCAAGAGUUCAGAUUUGUCGGCAGCCAACUGCGAGGACAACGUAUUCGAGCGUGUUGACUGUCGACCUACUAUGAAGACUACGGGUCUCUGCCGACGACCGAAAUGUCUACUGGGAGUUCUCAGUCUCAGCCACUUUCCGAAACAGCUCGGGAGCGAGAGACGUUCAAAUACGAUGACCUCGGAUUAUCGACUGCCGCUCUCCAGACGUCGACGCCCGAGACGCCGUUCAAGUCCAUUCCGACGUCGGUCCUGUCCUUGACGCCCGACCCUGCCCUUACUGCCUUUGCCCAGCUGGGUCUCUACAGGCUCAACACAUUGCGCUGUCUUGUGUCUCUCUUUGACCGAACCUACCAACACUUUGUCGCUGACGCGACUCGCUCCGAGCCCCUUUGCCGCUGCCACGAUGGCCAUCCUGUGCUCAGCUACGGCGCCGCCGUGCCCCGUGCCACCAGCAUCUGCGAGCACGUCCUGACGGGAGCCUCCGAGUGUACAUCCAGCAACAGACCAGCGCACAGCUACGCGCCAGCCGACGACCUGCCAGUGUCAGUAAUUCCCGACCUCGACUGUGACCCGAGGUUUUGCCACAUCCAAGACACAAAGCGCCGCUUCUACGCCGGGGUGCCUAUUCGGUCGCCAGCUGGUAUCAACAUUGGCGUGUACUGCGUGCUGGACGAUAAGCCGAGACCAGAUGGGGUCAGCGCCGACCAGUUGCAGUUUUUAAGGGACAUGUCGAAGACCAUUAUGCAUUAUCUCGAGGCAAAGCGAUCAGGCGAGUGGUAUCGGAGGGAGGAGAGGAUGGUGCGCGGGCUCGGCAGUUUCGUCGACGGGCAUGCCACACUGUCCGACUGGAGCGACAGUCCAAACAGAUCCUGCUUCCACGACCUUCCCGGCGUCCAAGAAGGCGUGCUUAACAAGAAGCUGCAGGCCGGUCCCAGAUCUCCCUUGUUCGCCAGGCCCAAAUCUCCCUUCGAGCCCUCCGAAACUGUGUCGUCCACCAAGACUCCCACCCCUGCGCUGGCCGUGGGCUCGAGACCAAUCCCCCAGGCGGCCGUGAGCGCGUCCCACUUUACUUUGGCAGAUAAGCUGCAAGGCGACGUAGAGCGCGUUUUUUCCAAGGCGGCCAAUGUCAUCCGGGAGUCGAUUGAGGUCGAGGGAGUCUUGUUCUUGGACGCCAGCGUUCGGUCGUUUGGGGGACUCAUUGGCAAGGAAGUAUCGGAACCUCCAAUCCUGACAAAGCCCUCAUCUGGCGAAUCAAGCAGCGAUGAAAGCACUUCCGCUGCACUCGGAAACACGAAGCCCCACACAUGCAAGCUGCUUGGCUUCUCGACAUCCUCCCAAUCUUCGAUCAACGGCGACGAACCGCACCACGAACAUACCACGAUACCCGAGAAGCUUCUGCAUAGUCUUCUCCAUCGGCACCCGCAUGGCUGCAUUUUCAACUUUGAACCGGACGCGGCUGUUUUUGGUACAACUCAUUCUGAUAUAGACAGUUGCUUCCUCUCGCCUUCAGCAUUCAGUAGGUCUCGUCCAGCGCCUAAUGUGGUGGAUUCAGGGACGUCGAGAACCCCACAGGAAAUGCGGAAGCGCCGAGACACUGUGGCUUCUCUUAGGAAAAUGUUUGCGGGCGCCAGAAGCGUGGCUUUUGUUCCGCUCUUUGACGGACAGAAGAGCAGGUGGUUCGCGGGUGGAUUCGUCUGGACAAAAACACCAACACGAAUCUUCACAACCAGAAAUGAGCUCAGCUAUCUCAGAGUCUUUAGUCUAACGACGAUGGCAGAAGUUGCGCGUCUGAACACCAAGGCAGCCGACAGGACUAAGACGGAUAUCCUGGGAUCCAUCAGUCACGAGCUGAGAUCUCCCCUUCACGGGGUAGUCGGCGCCGUCGAUUUGUUACGGAACACGGACUUGGACUCCGCCCAAGAGCAAUUUGUUCACACAAUAGAGACAUCUGGGCGGACUCUUCUCGAUACCAUUGACCACCUGCUCGAAUACAGCAGGAUAAAUACACACAUUCGCAUGUCAAAAGCUAGCCGUAAAAACAGCACGGCCAACGCACGGUCGAGAUCCAGGUCUCCAAGCAUGCAGACAAUAAGCACAACAGACAUUGAUGUCCAGCUGUGCCAACUCGCGGAAGAAGCAGUGGAGAGCGUGGUGGCUGGAUGGAGCUACCGCAACAUGUCGGAUGCCCACUUUGCGGCCUGGAACUGUUUCAGGCAAGGCAACAAAAGCGCAAAGUCGCGAGAACCAGGACGGGCCGGAUCCGUCCAGACAUACUUAGACAUUGAUCCAGAGGUCAGCUGGUCGUUCCGGAUCCACCCCGGCGCAUUCCGCAGAAUUGUCAUGAACCUCGUUGGGAACUCAUUGAAGUUUACAAGUUCGGGAUUUAUCAGGAUAACACUGUCUCAAGAGCGUGACCCCAACUCUCAGCUUGGUUCGGACGAUGGAGCUACGGUAGUGCUAACGGUUUCCGACUCGGGCAAAGGGAUUGGCCAGGACUAUUUACGGCGCCACCUUUUUAUGCCCUUCUCCCAGGAAGACCAAUUUGCACCCGGGACGGGACUUGGGCUCAGCUUAGUCCAACAAAUGGCUACCAGUCUUGGGGGCGGUGUAAAUGUUUCCAGUCAAAAAGGCCACGGCACCACCGUCACCGUGGUUCUGCCCCUUCCGCGCAACGAGGAAGCAGAGAGGGGCCAGCUGACUUUUCAACAGACUUACCAGUCAUUGGCCGGUUGCAGGGUUCAACUGCGCGGGUUCGACACGGGAGUAAUGGUCAGGGAUGGCUUCUACCGUGAGGACUCGAAGCAAAUGUCCCAACUCGGCGUGGUCCAGCGCAUCUGCGAGAAAUGGCUGGGCAUGAAGGUCGUGGUCAAAACCGACGAGAAGCCCCUCGGCCCUACGGACUUUGUCAUCUGGCACAAUGAUGACGCAUUUCCAGCAAACUCUGCGACCAAGCCCGACCCCCUGGUGUGCCCGCACGUCUAUGUUCGACAGGAUUCGAACACGAUAUAUGAUGACGAUAAGCCCAAUCAGGAUAACCCCUGGACUCUGUUUGCUUGCCUUACGCAGCCAAUUGGGCCGCGAAAAUUGGCCGAUGCUCUUCUGGCAAGUCGUGCGCGGUACAAGGAGGUCGCAGAUGCCACAACCGCAGCAUCGAGGACCGAGACGCCCAAGAAGUCUUCUCUGUUUCAGGCCUGCCCGCCCAAUAGUGGUGAUUCCGAGAACGACCAUCUAUCAGACAGCCCGCCGCUGAAAAGAUCCACAAGCUUCCCCAACUUUCAAUUGAGACGUCCAUCUCUGCAGGAAGUCCCAUCCAUGUUGGCAAAGUGCGAGGUACUAACAGCUGCCGGACCUCGGAACCUAUCCUGCUCGUCAACGACCCCCGUUAAUGUUUCAGGUCUAGAUUGCCGGGCAGGCACGGUUCCCAAGCCGGUCGACCGGCCAAGGUUCUUGAUCGUAGAUGAUAACAACGUCAACUUGAAGGUCCUUACAGCGUACAUGGAAAAGCUUAAGCAGCCCCACACAACAGCAGUCAACGGGCUCGAAGCAAUGGAAACCUUCACCAAGUCGCCAAGCGAAUACAGCUGCAUUCUGACGGACAUCUCCAUGCCCAUCAUGGACGGCUUAGAAUCGACGCGCCGCAUCCGAGAGUUUGAGCGCACCCACAAACUCAAGCACACGGUCGUUAUUGCACUUACGGGCCUUUCGGCCUCUGAUGUACAGCAAGAUGCGUCUGUCAGUGGGGUGGACAUGUUUCUGACGAGGCCACUUGAGCUGAAGAGGCUGGUCAAGGCAUUGGAGCGGUUCGGUUUGAUGUGAUGUGAGAUGCGAGAUUUUGGCCUGCCGGUUGGGUCCUAUGAAUUUGAAAGGAUGAAAGAACAUUUUGCUAUGGCAUUUUGGUCUCAGUUUUUGGAAUAGGGCAUCAAAAUGACAAGAGUGUGAGGUUUGCGUAAUAAGUAGUGUUUCACGAUAGUGAGCUGAAUGAUGCGGCGUUUUGGUAUCAAUAGGUUAUCAGGAUGGCAAUCUGUCUACUUUUUGAGAGAAUUAAGCUACUAAAAUUGAAUUUAAUAUUGAUUAUAGGUUUUGCUUUGUGGCAGUCGGCUGAG